AUGUACCUUAGUAGCAACGGGGCAGUGGCCGUAGGGGAAGCAGAAGAGGAGUGGGAAUGGCUGUACUGGUUGCGGAAAGAUCCCUUUGGUCUUGAAAUGCUGAAUUGCACGUAUGUCCUCAACCCAGAAGAGCGCACCCUACGAGCCCCCUAUGAGACCUGUACCAGCAGAGUGCUUGGUCAGCACCAGAUGACCAUCAGGUUCAUGGACAGCAGUGCUGCUACGGGACGCAAGGCUUUCAUGUAUCAGGUCAGCUGUCCAGCUGCGCCGGCCGGAGGAGCCCAGGAGCACCCAGGAUCCACCCUGUGCACGAAGGAUUUCAUGUCUCCAGGCUUCGGUGUGGGAAGCACACAGCUGUUCCGGGGGCCUUCUGCCUACUGUCAGCAGCUGAUUCAGAAACUCUCCUCCAAGUCACAGCCUCACAUCACGUGUUUUUUUCCCUUCCAGUUUCCCUUUUAUGGUGUUCCUGGCAUGGCUGAUGAAAAUACGGAUCUCCAGCAGCAGGUGGGAUGGAGCAUUGAGGUUGGUCAUGGUGCAGGAGCCAAAACUCUGACCCUUCUGGAGGCCAUGGUGCGAGGAUAUAACAUCCUGAUUGACGACUACAAGAUGACCGUGCAAGUGCCAUUCAAUGCCACCGGAGUGAAUCACUACACGCAAGGUAACAGUCAUCUCUACACGAUGCCUCUGAAGCUCAUCCAUGUAAUUUUUGGACAAAAGACCAUUAUAUCAGCACAAGUGACUUGUCUAUCAGGUCCUGUGACCUGCAAUGCCACGCACAUGACUCUCACCAUCCCAGAGUUUCCCGGGAAGUUAAAAUCCGUGAGCUUUGGAAACAGACACAUUGCCAUGAGCCAGCUGCAUCGGAACGGCAUUGGUACAGAGGCAGCAGGUGGCCUGAGACUGCACUUCAGCAAAGCUCUUCUCAAAAUGAAGUUCUCAGAACGGUGCCUGCCCUAUCAGUUCUACUUACCUUCACUCAAGCUGACAUUUUCCUUCCGACGGGAGAUAGCAUCCAUGGUGGUUUACCCCGAGUGUCUCUGUGAGUCCCCACAUCUCACGGCCACUCUCAUUACAGGCGAGCUGUGCACCCAGGAUGGGUUCAUGGAUGUCCAAGUCCACAGCCACCACAUGAGCCCAGCUCUCAGCCUGGCCACCCUCAGAGUGGGGGACUCCUCCUGCCGGCCUCACUUCGCAGGGACGUCCCGGGGACUGGCGCGGUUUCGCAUCCCCCUGAAUGGAUGUGGGACGACGCACCGGGUCCAGGACGGCGAGGUCAUCUAUGAGAAUGAGAUCCGUGCUCUCCCGGCCGGGCUUCCUCCACGCACCGUGUCCAGAGACGGGGAGUUCAGGUGCGACAACUGCCACAUGAUUGUUUCGGCUGCUGCGCUUCCAGACCAGUCCUACCUGCGCCCGUUUGCGGACGGGGACUACCCGGUGCCACGGCACCUGCGCCAGCCCAUCUACCUGGAAGUGAGCGUCGUCAACAGGACCGACCCCCACAUCAAGCUGGUCCUGGGCGACUGCUGGGCCACGCCCGCCGCCGACCCCUCCGCUCUGCCCCGCUGGACGGUGGUCAAGGACGGCUGUGCAUACAACCUGGACAAGCACAGAACCACCUUCCAUCCCGUUGGCUCCUCUGUGCCCUACCCUGCCCACUACCGGAGGUUCGACGUGAAGACCUUUGCCUUUGUGUCAGCGGCCCAAGUGCUCGCCAGCCUGGUCCACUUCCACUGCAGCGCCUUCCUCUGCGAUCAGCGCUCUCCCCACUCCGCUCUGUGUUCUGGGACUUGCCCUGCGCCACUGAGAAGCAGGCGAGCCACAGGGGCCACUGAAGAAGAGAAAACAAUAAGUCUGCCGGGACCCAUCCUCCUGUUGUCAGAUGACUCCUCGGGCAGAGACACAGUAGAUGCUGCAGGGCACGGAGCUGCUGGAUAUGUUGCUUUCAAAACCAUGGCGGUUGUAGUUGUCUUCGCAGGUGUGGUAGCCGCUCCAGGCCUCGUCUUUUACCUGCGCAAGAAAAGAACCAGGACGUUAAAUCAGUGA